GGGAACUUUCUAUUGGUGCACCUGGAGUGUGUUCAUCGUGUUGGUCCGACUCUCAAGAAGUCUCUUCGUGCGGUUUACGCACCAGCCUGCGUUCCUGAUGCUUUCUGAACUGCUCAAUAUUGUCAGCACUUUUUAUUGUCUAAUUUGAAUGCUGGUUUGACGAUACAUUUAGUUUCCGAGAUUUCACAAACCUGUAAUCAUCAACUUGGUUGGUUAUGGAUGAAGGAAAUGCCAAUAACUCUACCAAUGGUACUGUGACUUACCCAGGAGUAGCACCAGUCAAAUCUCAAUAUCUGACCACCAAAGAUACAUUCCAUGAAUAUCUGAACAAUGAAAGGAAGAAAGACCUAACACUUCCUGACAGUUUAGAUGAAGAGGUUACCGACGAUGCUCUAAAGCAUGAAUCAAAAAAAGUUAAAAUCGAUCAAAGUAGGAAAGAUACAAAUGAAUCUGAAAAGAGUAAUGUGGAAUUAUGUCAAAGUAAAGACAACUGCAAGCAAAGUAAAAGGAAGGCCAGGGGCCAGAAUAAAAACAGGCCUCAUAUGAAGCCUAACCAGUAUGAACAUGAUCAAAAGUUGUGUUCUUCAGUAUUUCGGGAACCUCCAGGAGAAUGUUACUAUGGUGAAAAGUGCAGAUUUUUGCAUGAUGUGUCGAAAUAUUUGGCACUGAAGCCUGCUGAUCUUGGAGACCAUUGUUACUUGUAUGACACAUAUGGAAGAUGUCAAUACGGCAUAUCCUGUCGUUAUGCACAAUCUCAUAUUGGGCCGGAUAACAAUAACCUUAUUAAUGAGGAUCUUAUGAAAAUAUGGGAGACAAAAGUGAUGGUGAAGAAUACUCUCAGCAAGGAACUGCAGCAUAUCCUUCGCAAAAAAAAGUUUUCUUUUCCCAAGUCUGAGCAGUAUUUGAAAAGGUUGAGUGUAAAACAAAAAUCAGGUAAACAAGACAGUUUAGAAGAAAAUGAAUCAGGAAAGCAACAUCAUUCAGAAGAGAAACCCGAUUCCACCAAGGUUAUUACAGGUAUGGCAGUGGAGAUUAAUUCAGCUGUUAGUGUCUCAAGUGCAGUCAUGGAAGAAAACUGUUUAGCAUCAAAUGAUAAUGUAAUUCCCCAUUUGCUAAAUACUUUUACCUGUCCAGGAAGCAAAUUGGAAGAAAAUACCACUCCUAGUUCUGGGAUAGAUGCAGCUGUUGCUGGUUCUGCUAAUGAUGACAUACAAAUAUCGUCUGCAAAACGACUAGGCGUUGUCACGGAUGAAGAUAUCAUCAAGCUUCGGCCUUAUGAGAAGAAGCAACUGAACUUCAGAGAUAAGCUAUAUCUAGCACCACUGACAACGUGUGGAAAUCUUCCUUUCCGCCGAAUCUGUAAACAAUUUGGAGCUGACAUCACUUGUGGGGAAAUGGCAGUUUGUACAAACCUUUUGCAAGGUCAGUCUUCCGAAUGGGCACUGUUGAAACGCCAUCACACAGAAGACAUCUUUGGAGUACAGCUAGAGGGAGCUUUUCCAGACACCAUGACAAAAUGUGCUGAGCUUCUGAACCAGACCAUUGAUGUUGAUUUUGUUGACAUCAAUGUUGGCUGUCCAAUUGAUUUGGUGUAUCAGAAGGGUGCAGGUUGUGGUCUAAUGAACCGUGUUACCAAGUUGGAACAGAUUGUAAAGGGAAUGAAUUCUGUAUUGGAUGUACCAGUGACAGCAAAAUUAAGGACAGGUAUACAAGAGAAGGUCAAUAUUGCCCAUAAGCUAAUACCCAGUCUUAGGAAUUGUGGGCUUUCCAUGGUUACACUCCAUGGUCGAUCCAGAGAACAACGAUACAGUAAAUUGGCGGAUUGGGAUUAUAUUGAUCACUGUGCUCAGUUAGCUAAGCCAAUGCUGCUCUUUGGAAAUGGUGAUAUUUUGUCAUAUGAAGAUGCCAACAGAGCUAGGGCAACAACUACUGUCUCAGGAGUUAUGGUUGCAAGAGGAGCACUGAUUAAACCAUGGAUAUUUACUGAGAUCAAAGAGCAACGACACUGGGAUAUUUCCUCAAAAGAAAGAUUUGAAAUUCUCCAGAAUUACAGUAAUAAUGGGCUAGAGCAUUGGGGAUCAGAUACACAAGGAGUGGAGAAGUGCAGAAGAUUUCUCUUGGAGUGGCUGUCAUUCUUAUGCAGAUAUAUUCCAGUAGGACUUCUGGAACAUGUACCUCAGAAAAUCAAUGAAAGACCUCCUUAUUAUUUGGGUAGAGACUAUUUGGAAACUCUAAUGUCUAGCCAAAAUGCAUGUGACUGGAUUAAAAUAAGUGAAAUGCUAUUGGGACCUGUCCCUCCUAAUUUUACCUUCGUGCCUAAACAUAAAGCAAAUUCCUACAAGUAAUCAAGAAAGAGAGAAGCUGCAAGAAACUCUACUGGUUUCCUAAUGCUGUCAAUAUUGAAUUCAUAUUGAAAUUAUAUAAUCUCAUGUAAAUCAAAUGCUCUGAACACAAACAGGAGAGUUGCUGAAUUAUAGAGCCUAUUAUUCUGGCUUCUUGUAAAUUUUAUGUAAUUCUCAACAUCUUUGGAAAUUUUAAAUAAAUAUUCAUUUACUUUGUUUCUAUAUUUUUCAUUUUCCAGACCUGCUCACAAUUUAGUUGGUACACUUAUGGGUUUUUAGUCAUUUUGUUCUGCACAAUCCAUCGAAUUUUGUAUUUUGCUUUGAGAGGAUGCAGAAUGAAGAUCUUUUGUUUCCAAUAUGGUGUCAGAAGUGGUUCAAAAUUCACGUACUUGUAGUCAUUUAUGAGGAAUGGAGCCUUUGUUUUUGUUUGAUGAGAAAUAUUUGUACAAUUGAAUGGGGUGGACAUUGCUAAAGCUGGAGGAGCUGAGUUAUUAUUCUUUCCUUUAGUAUUCAUAUCGCUCCCUGGAGAAUUUAGUUCUUGAGGCCUCGAGGAUUCUUUGUUUGUAAGAACAUCCCAGAAGGAAGGAUAGAGUAAUUCAUAAUGGAAGCAUUCUAAAUAUCCGUAAGUUCUAAUUCCAGGAAGCGUAUGCGUUGUAUGGCUUUCAGCAUAAGGUGAACAUGUCAGUGAAGAAUUUGCAGUUACUAUUUCUUCUUGAAAACUGUUAGUUUUAAUGUUGCCAUCUGGAAACUUUGGAGAUUGAUGUUCCUGUUUGGAUAGAAAGGGUUCUCUGUGUAUCACCAGUGUUGAUAAAACAAAUGCACAGUGUUUUCCUCAGUAAAACUGGAAGAGACCCGCCUUAACUUGUUUAUGAAGA